AUGCUAACUCUGGCAAGCAAGUUGAAGCGGGAUGAUGGUGUCAGAGGACCCCGUGCAUCCAAUCCAGCUUCUGAUUCAACUCGGAGGGUGUCUGUUCGAGAUAAAUUACUUGUAAAAGAGGUUGCAGAACUUGAAGCUAAUUUACCUUGUACGUGUAAAGUGAAUUUUCCCGACCCAAACAAGCUUCAUUACUUUCAGCUAACUGUAAUCCCAGAUGAGGGCUAUUACCAAGGUGGAAAGUUUCAGUUUGAAAUUGAAGUUCCUGAUGCCUACAAUAUGGUG